AUGUUUUCGAUCAAGAAGAAAUUAGGAGCUUUGAUCCCCAAUGAAUCCACUCGCGAUGCACUUCAAAACGUCCUCACUGUCGAAUGGUCAGGUCAUAAAACCGUCCUUGUCCAAGUCCCCGGUCCUGGGGAUUCACGAGGAGGUGAAAUGGAGAUGAGUGGUAUGGGUCGAGAUAGAGAUAAAAGUGACAGGGAAGUAGGAAGAGGAAAAGAGGGAUAUGGGAAAUUGGACAAUUGGUAUGAUGAUCAAGAAGAACGUUCACAUCUAACCUCUCACCAUCAACCCCAAUCUCGUCCUCCAGCCCAACGUAAAGGUUCAAACAAAAAACUACCGUCUUUACCUCAUCCGCCCCACGGUGAAAAUCCAUUCGAGAACGAUGAAUUCGAGCUGGAUAUGGAAUACAAUGAUCUAGGUCCUGUGAUAUCCAACAGACAUUCAGAUUACGAUCCACUCGAUUUUUCUUCUUCCCCUUUACCUCCAACCCCUCAAUUUCCUCAUAAAGACAUACCCAGACUUGGGGCGAAUGGGAUGGCGACGAAUAGAAGAGAUGAAACCCCGGGUGAAGAGAUAGGAAGAAGGAAGAAAGAGAAUCCUUGGAAAGUCGAUGAUAGGGAUAAAAAAGAGAGAAAUCAGGUUAUUUGGGGUACGGCUAGUGUGACUAGUCCAACGACUUCAAAUGGGACUAGAAGUUCUACUAUUGGGUCAGAGGAAGAUCCUUUUCGGUAA